UUGGAACAAACAAGCUCCCUGAAUCAAUGGAGUGAUUAAUACCCUCCCAUCCUGUUGAUCACGGACUCAUCAGGGGAUGUGUCAGUAAUCGUGCGGAGCAUGUCAGUCAGUGGCUCGGCUGAGCAGAGUAGUGAAGCGAGCGGAGCUGAUGCGUACGACAGCGGCGAUGAUUGGGAGAUCGGACUCGGCGAUCUGAUCAUCGACCUGGAAGCCGAUCUGGAGAAGGAGCGACGAGGAUCGGAGAUGAAUCGCGUCGUGAGCGUGAAAAGCCACGCCGACGAGCUGCCGUUCGAUGGCCUCCCGAGUGCCGCCGCGUUGGGUUUCUGCACCGAGCCGAGGAGACUCAAAGAGAAGCGGCGCAGCUCGUGCGGCAGCGAGCCCGCCGAGAAACCGCCGCCGCGCUCUCUGGAGCCUCCGGCACCACCGCGGCCGCUGUCACCGCAACCGAUGGCACAACAACUACUCGCACCACAGCGCGCCAUCCCCAAAGUGUGCAUUAGUAAACGGCGCGACGCUCAAGGACGCCCUGGAGAGGCAUUCGCAAUGAAUGAUGCAGUGAGUGAUGCAAGCACUCCCUGCGCCAAAGGCAAAGAGGGCAAGAGGGGUAAAACCCAAAGCAAAGGACUCAAGCGGGAGAGGGACUGUAUGCGCCCGCGGAAAGACAAGCACGGAGAAAGCUUUGAAUUCGACAAUGCUCGCGUUUUCGGGAGGACCGACGAGAGCAUGUGCUAUUGUGCAAACGGCGGCGCGGCGGACAUGGACGUGGACAUGGGCGGGAUGGACGCGAAGGGGAUGAGGGCUGCUGCUUUUGUUGUUGAGGAGGAUGGAGGAUGCUCAGAGGCAGCGGCCAACCACAAAACGUUAGGUAUAAAAACCAGGUCAGUGGGAACCAACACGCAAGAGACUGAAAGAGCCAUUGAAUCAAACUACAUGGAGCCAUGUCAACCAGGGACAAGUGUCAAUCUGGAAGGGAUUGUGUGGCAUGAAACUGAAGAGGGGGUGCUUGUGGUGAAUGUCACAUGGAGGAAAAGGACCUAUGUGGGAACUCUGUUAGACUGUACCAAGCAUGACUGGGCCCCACCUAGGUUUUGUGAGUCCCCAAUGAGCGAUUCUGAAAUGGCAUGUGGGCGUGGCCGGGGUAAACGAAUGCGCCUGUCAGUGUCUGAUCAGCCUUCAGCAGAACCUGGUUUCUCCAAGAUUAGAGGACUAACACACAAGAGACGUGGAGUGGGCAUAGGCAACAAAGGCAGACGCGGAAGUCUUAACCUCAGUACCUGUAAGACUCCUGCAUACUACUCGGUUGAGGAUAUUAAGUCAAGUUCACUGAUUUGCAGGAAACGGAAAAGCAAAGCACCAGCCGAUCUAGAUCUGAGUUUAGUUUCUGAUGACAUUAGAAAUGCAAAUGGGAAACGAAUACGUGCCAAAUCCAGGAGUGCUCCGUCAACCCCACAGGGGAAAUCUGAUCCAGCAUUUUUGGACCAAGUGUGCACUUCACCAAUGCUAAUUGACUGUCCACACCCUAACUGCAACAAGAAAUACAAACAUAUUAAUGGGUUACGAUACCACCAAUCACACGCACACUUGGACAGUGAUAAACAGGAGUUUGAGGCAGAGAGUGAGGACCGGCUCUCAGAUUAUGAUGAAUCGCUCAGCAGUGUGGCCCUUGACUGCAGUGAAAAUCUUGAUGUUAUUUCCAAGAAACCAAGAACAAUGUAUAAGCUUAAUACCAGCUUACCUCCAAAGAACAGAAAACUGCUGCUUAACAGAGAUCACAGUCCGACAGCAAAUACAAAGACAGUGAGAAAUUUGGUAGGAAAAGAGGGAUCUGUUGAUGACUUGAGCAAUCUGCCUCUUAUUUCAAACAUGUCUGUGGUCCUUGAGAACUGCCUUAUGACUGAUCGUAACUCAUCUAUAGAAAUGCCCAAGCUUGAAGCCGAGGGUAUCAUUGACAAACGGGAAGUUAAAAAAGAAAACAUUAUGGAGCGGUGCUCAGCCAAAUCUAGGGUGAACAGGUUUAUAGUUGCUACCCCUGCACCUCCAAAGCUUAUUGCUAUCCCUACAACAUUUCCUACUAAAGUCAUGGAGAGCUCAUCUCAUCAACCUUCACCAACUGUCGCUCUCACAAAGGCUAAAAAUCUUUCACUAAAACCCAUCAAGCCAAAGCUGGAUAUUGUUACUCAAGUAAAUAUGGCAAAUUCAACAAUAGUGCUGAGUAAAGAAAAUAAGAGAAAAGAAAAGCACAAAAUGAAAGAUAGAAAUUACAAAGAUCCAAGGAGUCCAAAAACGGACCUUGUUUUCACAAAGGCAGAUGAAAUAAAAAGUAUAGGUAAAGAUGUUUCGGUCAGCCUGUUGAAGGAGCAUUUGAGCAAACAGGACAUUGUUAACGGACUAAUUGAAACUCAAGAAAGUCGAAUGGCGAGCAUCCGAGCUGAGGCUGACAAGGUGUACACUUUCACUGACAAUGCCCCCAGUCCCUCUAUUGGAAGCUCUGCAAGAAUGGACUCAGGUACACUUUCAAAUGGAGAUGGCAGCACCAAAACCAACAGUCCUGCCUACUCAGACAUAUCUGAUGUCGCAGAAGAAGGUGGAUACAAUUCCAGAUCCAGGAGAAAUUCUGCCCCUGAUUCUAAUCUAAAUGGAAAUGUCAAGAUUCCAAACACUCCAUGCUCUACAUCCCUGAUAAAGGAACCCCAAUCGUCAACUCACAAUUAUGGAUAUGAAUCUUACAACUUUCAAAACUACAUGCAUUCCGGUCAAAGCAACCCUGCUGCAUUUCUAAAGGCAUCCAUACCUUAUGUUAGAGCUAAGGACGAUGUCCGAGAGUUAAACGAUGACCCCAAAACCUUGGAAUCGAGUCCUGAAUCCAGCUCCCAGUCACAGCUUCAGUUAGCUAUGACCCAAUCUCAGACCGCUCUGGCUCAGUCCUUGUAUUACGGACAGUAUGCUCGUAAUGCCCCUACAGACCAGAAGGUUUUGAUAGUUCCGAACACUCACAGGCAGCAGAAUGAGACGUGCUGUGAGGAUUUGCAAUGCAGUAAAAUCAGCAGGGGUCAGACUAGACGUGGACCCGAGCAGAAAGAGCGAAUGAAGGAGGACACAAAACCAUCAAUAAUGCAACCUGUGGCUGUUCAUAAAGGAGCAAACUCAGUUAAAAUCAGCUGCACAAAACCUGGUUUUAUCUAUGUAGAGGUGGACAAACAGUUAUCCCUUCAGCACCCACAGGCAAAGACUUCUUUUAUGUCAAUGUCAAAAGACCAGGGGCAUAACAAGGAGUCUGAAGACUUCCACCCUGAAAGUCAAAAUACAAAAACAAAUGUGGACACAAAUGUAACAUAUCUGAAUGCUUCAGAAUCACAGUCCUGGAGUCACUCAUUUCAGUCCAAAUAUCUGAAGCAAAAUCAAGAGGUAAACAAGGCCUCACGGGAAAUAGUCCCAGACAAGGGGAAAGACCGGCAUGUACCUGCUGAGCCACAGCCCAGACUGGAGGCUGAGCUUCAAAAUGUACAGUGCGAAACACCUUCUGAGGACCUCGGGGACACUAACGGAGCAGAGAUGGAGAAGAUGACCAGCGAAACCUCAGAGAACUCGCAGGGUGCAAGGAUGGCUGUAUCAUCUCAACAAUCCUUCAUCCAGUAUCAGCAUUCGUACCCAUACCUACACCUGUGUGAGACAAAUAACACAUCGUAUGGUGUGAUGUCACCCGCAAUGGUGCAGAACUACCCAGGUUUCCAUUACCCUUUGUAUGGAAAGACAGCUGAGAGAGAAGACUCCAGUGGGAUGCAGAAUAGCAAGACCGAACCUAUGACCCUUGACCUGCUACACCAUCACAAUCUUCCUUACCGUGGCAAAUCUCCAGUGCAAGGGGAUCAUGGAGGUGGAGAUGAAGACCGAGACACGGAGCAUGAACAGGACUCUGUUCCAUAUGCUCACCACCUUCAUACACAUCAUCACACUCAUCUGGGCAUGAGCUACACCCUUGUGUCCGGGCAGUAUGACCCGUUCCAAGGUGAAAAGAAGAGCUAAAUGAACCUUAAGACCUGUUGAUGUUCAUUAUAGGCAUAGAAGUUAGCU